AUGACGGCGAAGAAAAGGAAUAGUCCAAUCUCUUGUUCUCGAAAUAAUCCGUCGGCGGUACUGGACAGAGAGGUUAACCAGCGUAGAGGGUUUCUGUGCGAUUCCGGAUCUUUUCAUAGCGAAAUCGCCGUCGACAUGUACCGAAGCGGAGAGAAAAACGAAGGGUUGAUAAAGGUUUUGGGAUUGAUGGCUAUUGGAGGAGAUGGGCUCCUGCCAGUGAAGGAGCAAGGGGGUCAUGACCCCCACUAA